AUGUUCUACUCAAACGUUGCUAGACCUCGAGCGAAAUUCCAAUUGUGGUUACUCUUCAUGGGGCGACUUGCUACAAAAGAUAGACUCACCCGAUUUGGUGUGAAGCUUGAAAAGAGCUGCACUUUCUGUCUUGAAGAUGAAUCAAUUGAUCAUCUUUUCUUUUCUUGCAGGAAAACAAACACCAUAUGGCAGACCAUUCUACAAUGGAUUGGUUACUCGAGAACCCGUAGGCAAUGGUCUGAAGAAAAGAGAUGGCUGAUACAAGAGAGUAAUAGAAAAGGUUGGAAGCGACAAUUGCUUAAAGUGGCAUUGGCUGAGACGAUUUAUUUCCUAUGGAAAGCUAGGAAUGAUCAUAUUUUUAACCAAAUUGACAUAGGCAGUGAGCUUACUUCUAGCAUUAAGACUAGUAUAGUAACUAGAAGUAGCCUAUCUAAACAUCUUAGAGGACAUGUUAAUGUAGGCAAUAUGAGUAUUAGCUAG